GGUGACUGCGCUCUGGCAUUUGCGUUGCGGGUUUGUGCUACACGCGUGGAAGGGGCACAGCAGGAGUAAGCAGAAGUCUGUAGCAGCGGCGCCGACUGAAACUGGGGGGACAAUGUUUAACAGCCUUCUCAGGGAGUUCGACGAAGAUCCAUUCUUCUCGGAUCCGUUCCGGGCGCAUAAUGAGCGCGUGCGGCAGAUGAUGCGCAGCUUCUCCGAGCCCUUUGGGCAGGACCCAACGCCCCGCCUGACCGAUGGGCGGGGCCACAGGCCCAGUCAGGGCGAGCCCAGCUCCAGCCUGGCCUUGCCACAGGACCACAUGGGCAUGGACCUCUUCAGAAGCCCCUUCCACACGAUGGACAGCAUGAUGAGCGGGAUGAGGAGCAGGAUGGAGAACCUGCACAGAGACAUGCAGAACCUGUCAGCUGAUCCCAACGCCCACUCCUUCAGCUCCUCCUCGGUGAUGACCUACUCUAAGACCGGGGACGAGCCAGCCAAGGUGUUCCAGGCCUCCAGCCAAACGCGCCGCGCGCCUGGGGGGGUUAAGGAGACGCGGCGAGCACUGAAGGACUCGGAGUCCGGGGUGCAGAAGAUGGCGAUCGGGCACCACAUCCAGGACCGCGGCCACAUCAUGGAGAAGAAGCACAACACCAGGACCGGAGAGAGAGAGCUCAACCAGGACUUCCACAACAUGGACGAGACUGAGGCGCAGUCCUUCGAUGAGGAGUGGCAGAGGGAGGUGUCCCGGUUCUGCCCCCCGGCCCCCCUGUCCCGCCUGGAGGCCCCCAAACCUCGCGCUGCCCACCGAGCCGCCAUCGCAGCCCCCCAGUUGGCCCGGAGGGAGAAGCUGAAGCUGAAGGCUGAGGGGAAAAGACCCGAAUUCAGCGACCCGCAGAAGCCCUGAGCUCGCAGGAGGAAGCGGCGUUCUAGUGUUCCUGCGUUACCCCGCCCCGCCCCGCCCCGCCCCAUCCUACCCUGUCCUGCCCCGCCCCAUCCUACCCUGUCCCGCCCAGCCCCGCCCCAUCCUACCCUGUCCCGCCCAGCCCCGCCCCAUCC